AGCUGCCUAGGUACCUAGGUAACCAUAAUAUCAUCAUCGCAGGUCCUAGAUUCAUUAACUACCUACCCACCAUACCUACUCAGGGUCCUCAACCUGAAAUAAGCAGUCCUGUAGCGUUGACAUUUUAAAGCUGCGAUUUGCCCCAAGGCUAAGACUAAAGAAAAAAAAGUUACAUCUUGUCCAAUCUACGUCGACACUAUGUAUCGUCGUGGGGGAGGACGCGUGGGCCCGUCCAAAACAACUCCCGCAAACACUCAAUGCCAAAAAUGCUUGAAAAGAGAUAAGUAUUCGCUAUUUCAUCUUUUGUUGACAAAUCUUUCAGGCUGACCUCCUUAGAACGUCAUUAUUCGUUUGAAUGCAAGGCCGCGCCUCAAGAAAGGCCGUACGUGCCGCGUCCAUCGCGCACCCAACAGCUGCUGAAUCCCAAACUACGCCCAGAACUCUCAAAUGAUACGCCGGAGUUCCUUGAGAAAAAAACCGGUGUUGCCGAUGCCGAACUGGCAAAAAGAGCAGCCCAGAGGGAAAGUGAGUCGCAGGGGCGUCGAUUGAGGAACGACGACGACAAGGAACCGGAGUCGGGGACUUCUGGGGCUCGUAGCACACAGAACCGCAGGAGGUCCCGCUCGUAUGAUUCCACCCCCUCUGGCAGGUCGAUGUCUCCCGCAUCACCCAAACCUGGGCGUGAAUCCAUGUCGCCGCAGCGGGCAGAAGCGGCACCUAUUCAAAGACGAUCGGACUCGCCCAGGUCUGAUCGUAGCUACUCCAGGAGCUUGAGCAGAUCGCUGUCUCCGGUAUCACAGGAAGGGCGGCGUGGAGGUCAAUACCGCGAUGCUUCCCAACGCAGAUAUUCGUCACCAGAAAGACCGCCGCGUGAACCACAGCGACACAAAUCGAAUGGCCAUAGAAAGGACGAUGACUCAAAGGAUCGAUCUCGGUCUCCACGAAGAUAUGAAGAUAGUCAUCGUGGCCGCUUUGAUGAAGGACGGAGACAACAAUCGAGGUCACCCAGGAGAGAGCCCUCCAUUGAUGAUAAGGGAGGAAGAGCUGGCAAGGCCCGGCAAUACAGGGAGAGAGGGAAUCAGUACUCAAGGCCGGAUACAAGGAGAGAGUCAUCACCUCUACGGUCGAGUCUCUCGUCACGAAGGGAGGGGGCACCGAGGGAGAGAAGCCUGAGCCCCUUUAGCAGGAGACUGGCGCUGACGCAGGCUAUGAACCGAUGAUUACGGCGGAUUGUGGGGCCAAAGGCUCGUGAUCGGGUAUCAUUGGAAUCAAACCAGAGGGUAUAAUAGGCAGAGAGGCAAGAUCGAGUAUGGGGAGAUUUUCGCAGGCAUGGGAAAACCUGUGAUUAUGGUGGCUUGGACCGUGGUCAAAUCAAAUCAGCCUCUCUUUCCCUACGACGUUCCACUUCCUCCUCCUGUUCUCGUAACCGCAAACCCUCAACCAACGCCGCGCCGUCAAUCUCGCCGGACCCAUCACCUGAGGCCGACCCGACGGCGGCGCCAGCUACAGGAGCCUUCUUAGCAGACAAUCUCUCCCUGACCAGCCUUGCAAUCGCAUUGUCCGUGCGCACAUUGAGUACCUCCAUCUUUUUGUCUAGCUCCCGCUUUAAAUCCCAGUUUGGUUUUUUCGGUUGUAGUUUAAAGAGGUCGAUGCCCUUAUCGUUAGCCUCAUCCUCUUUAGCCUGCUGCCGAAUCUCAGCCUCAACUUCGGCUGCCUGCUCCUCCAAUGUUGGUUGGUCCAUGCUCUCUGUAGGUGCAUUCUCGAAUCCCAGCUUGGGUCCUCGUGUCUCUGGGUCAUAAUUGCGGCCCGACAAGUGCAGCCGCGCAACAUCCUUUUCUGGUGGACUUGCUGAGCGCCGCGCUGUUGUCUUUGAUGACGAUUGCUGAUGUUCGGUUGAUGUUGAUGUUGUCGGCUCGGAAUCGAAGUUGUUUUCAUCGGGUUCUGGCUGCUUCCGUUUAAGAGACUUGAGUUUGGCUAGACGGGCUUUCCGCUCGUCGGCAGCUGCGCUGAGUGAGGCGUGUGAAGACAUAAUUCUUUGAGACGGGGAGUUUGAGUGGUAGAUGUCCCUCACAAUGCUGAAGGAGGCGCAAUUCUGUCGCAAGUAAAUUCAAAAUGAACUCUGUUCUUUCGGGGGCCUGUAACUACCGCUGCCAGCCUUGAGCUCUUUGGUUGCUGGUGUUUGUCUCGUUUUUUUUUUUUUUUUUUUCCCCUUUGAUCUUAAAGAUGCCGGGCAAGAAUGG